UGGAGUAAAGGACGGACUGAAGCCUCUUAUGUUUAACAGCUGAUUGGCUACUGCUACCGUCCCUCUUUCUGAACUUCAGCGCUGAGGAAUCCCUUAAAGAGUACAAGACUUGUCAAAAUGAACUUGUCGUACUUGGUAGCGUGUGGACUUUUGGUCACCCUGCUUUCAGUAAGGAUGAGCGCAAAACCUUUAUCUCAGGCGCAGCAGAAGUCUCUUAGGAGUUUGCUGGGCGAGGAGCUGGCGGAGUUUCUGGAGUCGGAGGAGAGGGAGAGACGGCUAGACGCUGUGCGCUCUCGGAUACGGUUACUGCGAGAUAUACGCGUAGACACCCGCGCCAGAGGGAUGUGGGCUCGUCUCCUUAACGACCAACCCGCGCCCAGGAGACACAAAUCGGGAAACAAGAAAGGAGGGUCCACGUCGCGGAGUGGCUGCUUCGGACACAAGAUGGACAGGAUAGGAACCAUCAGCGGCAUGGGUUGCUAGGGAUGGAGCACGCAGCGCUGUGAUGAUCUCUGGACGAUGGGUUGGAUAACAAAGAUUCAGUUUGUUCUCACCUGAGGGAGGAAAAAAAAGAAAAACUCACCAAGUGACAGAUUUUCGGUACGAAAGUCAACACGACCAGCAUAAACAAAGACUGAGACGACAAUGCUACAAAACCCUCUUAUGAAUAUAUACAUAAUAAAUAUGCAGGUAUAUAUACAUAUAUACAUAUGUGUAUACCAUACAAAUGGUCGACAGAUGCAUACUACAGGAUGGCGGACAAUGGUGUAAAAACUACAAACCGCAAAGCUGUAUAUUGUUGCUGCUGCUGCUGCUGUACAUUCAUGUACUUCAUCUUCCCCCCUGCAUAAAUGUAUUUAUGUUUAAAAAAACUAUUUAUAUGUUUAUAAAAAGAGAUAUUUAUAAAUAUGAGUUUUAUUUAUGUAACAUUUUGAAAAUGGAUGCAAACUGCAGGUCAAUUCUGUUUGUAACUUUUUUCUUUUGUCUCAAAUAGUUGUAAAUGUUUUCAAAAAUGAUAAAAAGAACA